GGGUACACGCGCAACUUUACGCACCGAGGACAGAGGAUCGCAAAAACAGCGCAAAAAGAGCUGAAAAACAGCGGAAAAACAGCGGGAAACGCGCCUCAAACACAGCGGCUUUUCUUCUUCGGUCUUUCUCCCGGACACAGACACACGACGAUUCACAGAAUGAUGUUGCAGCACCCUGGGCCCUCGCUCGCAGACAUCAGUUGUGCGUUGGUGCCGUGUUUGUCUCCGCCCGGCUCUCUGACCCUGGACGACUUCUCCGGGUUCAGUCCUCUGGUGAAGGAGGAGCUGCGUCUGACCAUUCAGAGCAGGAGACUGUCGAGCGGACAGGGCGCCGACGCCAGCGGCGACGUGAGCUCGGACGGGGCGUCGUCCAGCAGCGACCGGCUGAGCGAGCGUUUACAGGGCCGAGCCUGCGGGUGGAGCAAGAGAGAGUUCACUCCAGAGGAGAUGGAGCGGAGGAAGAGACGACGAGAGAGAAACAAGAUCGCAGCCGCAAAAUGUCGCAACAAGAAGAAAGAGAAAACUGAGACUCUGCAGAAGGAGUCUGAGAAGUUGGAGACGGUGAACGCCGACCUGAAGGCUCAGAUCGAGGAGCUGAAGCAGCAGAAGCAGCAGCUCGUUUACAUGUUGAACCUGCACCGCCCGACCUGCAUCGUCAGAGCACGAAACGGAUGCACCCCAGAAGACGAACGCAACCUGUUCAUCCAACACAUCAAGGAGAGCGCGUUACAACUCCACAACAUCACCUCCAGCAUGGCCUCCACCGCCAAUACUUCAGAGGCUUUCAAUACUGCUACUGAUACUACUACUACUACUACCACUACUCUGGACACAGGACUGCUGUCACUCGAGCACGUGCACUGCUCUGGACAUCUAUGAACUCAAACUGGAAACAAAAAAGACUUUUUCAGAUCGUUGUCCACACGAAGCUGCUAAAACUGAGUGACACCUGCCAAUCUUCAGUAUGUCCCGCCCACACCCUCAAACCAAAGCUGCUGAUUGGACGAAACAUGACACUGUAGAAAACGCUGCAAAAA